AUGGCUUCCGACCUCGAAACACUGCUCGAUAUGGGCUUUGACAAGGAACGUGCUGAGCUUGCCGUUAAGAAGACCGGAGGCCUCCAGGGCGCCCUUCAGUGGCUUGAGGAUAACCAGGACAAGCCUAUUGAGGAUCUCAAGGCCACUGCCGCUGAGAAUGACGAUGAUGAAGAUACAGAGGCCAAGAUUGCAGAGCUUGAGACCGGCAAUGCCAAGUCCCUGGUCUGCAAUGAGUGUGGCAAGCGAUUCAGAAACCAUGAUCUGGCCACCUAUCACGCAACCAAGACUGAGCACACUGACUUCUCGGAGUCAACAGAAGAGAUCGCUCCUCUGACCGAAGACGAGAAGAAGGCCAAGCUUGAAGCACUACGUGAGCGUCUUCAGGCCAAGAAGGCUGUCCAAUCCGUUAAGGACAAGGAAGACCAGAAGCGCAAUGAGCAAAUUCGCCAAAAGUCUACCAAGGAGAGCCACGAAGCCAAGGAGGAGUUGGCCCGUAAGCAGCAGAUCAAGGAAGCUGCCCAGAAGCGACAGGAGAAGCUCGAGGACCAGGAGGCCAAGAAGCGCAUCAAGGCCAAGAUCGAAGCCGAUAAAGCUGAGCGACGCCGAAAGGCGGAGGAAGCCAAGGCCGCCCGUGAGGGUCGUGCUCCCCAGGCUGAAGCUGCUACCCCUGCUGGCGGACCUGCUGCUGUGGCCGCUGCGGCUAAGCCCAAGAGCAACCACAACGAGGCUCGACUCCGACUGCAGACCGAUGGUGGAAACAUCACCAAGACUUUACCUGCGGAGACAACGUUGUUUGAGUUGGCGCAGCAGCUACAGAGCGAGACAGGGAAUGCCGUGUCAAGCUUUACCAUGACGUUCCCUCGCAAGACCUUUGAGGGGGAUGUUGAUUUCUCCAAGACCUUGAAGGAGGCAGGAUUGGUCCCAUCUGCCGUUCUGAUCGUCAAAUAG